GGUAAGUACAGUCUAUCCCCACUUGAAAGUUUGACGUAUCCGGUACAAACAUCUCUUAAAUAAUCAAACAGUUUAAUGAAUCUGAAAAUUGGUAAAAACGACGCGACGCCGUUUUCGCAGCGUGAAUAAUAAUAACAAAAGAUACAAUUAUGACUCCGCCACAAAAACUACUUCUGGGGAUAGAUUUGGGUACAACUUCGGUGAAAGUAGUGAUUUUUUCGCAAGAAAAUAAUCAGAUUGUUGGUAAACAAUCCAAAGAUACGCAAUCAAACGUACCUAGCGAUUUGGGUAUAGAAGGAAACAAGCAGGAUGUUCCAAAAAUUCUGUCCGCACUGCACAGUUGCAUUUCGCGACUUCCGAAGGAUCUACUACGCCACGUCGUCCGUAUUGGCGUCUGCGGUCAAAUGCACGGAGUUGCGUUGUGGAAAAGCACGCCAGAAGCUCAGCAAAAGGACAGUGUUUUUAAAUUAGAAAUAGAAAGAGAACGGGUUUCAAAUUUAUAUACUUGGCAGGAUGCUCGUUGCGAUCCUGUAUUUUUAAAAUCAUUACCAAAAUCAAAAAGCCAUUUACCCGUUCAUACAGGUUACGGUUGCGCUACACUUUUUUGGUUCGCCAAAAACAAACCUGAAAAACUCAGUAAGUACGAUCGGUGCGGAACCGUUCAAGACCUCCUGGUGAGUUUGCUAUGCAAUAGGAAGACUGUAGCUAUGAGCACACAGAACGCUGCAAGCUGGGGAUACUUUCUCACGGAGGAGGGUAGCUGGGAAACGGAAACCUUGCUCGAGGAUGGUUUCCCUGUUGAUUUGUUACCAGCCGAAAUUUUAGCCCCUGGUGAAUCUGCUGGAAAUCUCGCUUACACUUGGUUUGGGAUUCCAGCUGGAAUUCCAGUAGGAGCAGCGCUUGGAGAUUUACAAUGUUCCGUAUGUGCCUUACUAAAGAAUCCCACCGAUGCCGUUCUCAAUAUAUCCACAUCAGCACAACUUGCUUACGUUCAGUCUUCUUUUGAAGUUAAAUUAGCCAGUGAAUCUCCAAAGAUCGAAUACUUUCCGUACUUUGAUGGCAAAUAUUUAGCAGUCGCUGCUUCCAUAAAUGGUGGAAAUUCGUUAGCCACAUUUGUGAAGUCUCUUCAGCAAUGGACAAUGGAGUUGGGUUUCUCAGUACCACAAUCAAAGGUGUGGGAAAGGCUUAUAGCACGUGGCGGUGAAGAUUCAGCAAUAAGCGAUAUGGAGAUUGAGCCUACGUUAUUGGGUGAACGAUAUGAUCCUGAAAAAACUGCCAGCGUUACAAGAAUCACCCUGGACACUUUGGAUUUGGGAAAAAUCUUUCGUGCCUUAUGUUCUGGAGUCAUUCAGAAUCUUCACAAUAUGAUGUCACAGGAUACCCUGAAGGAAGCUGGAAUAACGCGAAUAGUCGGCAACGGCUCAGGAUUGGUACGAAAUCCUGUUUUGCAAAAGGAAGUUUCACGCUGGUAUAAAUUGCCUUUGGAAAUAGGUCAAUCUGGCGACGCUGCGCUUGGAGCAGCACUUGCAGUAAAACAUUAACGAAGCAGUUCUUAUAUUUUUUAUGAGAGCACAGCCUUAUGUCAAUUAAAAAUUUUAUGAACCAUCUAUACAUGAUUCAAAUUUAAAUUAUUUGAAAAUACGAAUCGCUUUCUCUGUAAUCAAAGUUCUCAGGGUAUCUAGUACUAAUUAAAUUAUUUACUAAAAGUAAUCAUUCCAUUUCCCAGUAAUAACAGCGACUAAUAUUCGGCUAGCCUACCAGCUGUUUUUUUUUAUCGGAAAGAAUUAGUAAUGUUUAAUACAUUAACAUUUUAUGACCAUUAACUAAAGUAGUUGAGCAAUGCCUUUAUAAUGAAAUUAUAUAGCGCAUAUAUAUUUACGGUUUAUAUAUUAAAUUCACACAGGGUAGAGUUACACGUUCCUCGAUUGACUAUAAAUGAAUAGUCUAUUAUAAUAGCAACGAACCUAGUAGGGUAACUAAUUUAUAUGUAAUUUAUAAACCUGUUGCUUUAGAUAUAAUUCAGUCAUAAGUGGCCGUAGAAUUAUUCGUGUCCUGUAAUGAAUAAGGCUUAAGAAUGAAAUAGGUUAAACCUAUUUUAU